CUCCCGACACACUGCCUGAGAGGGUGCGCGGGCGACUUCCGGUGUGAGUGACGAGUGGUGGCCACAGCAGGGGGACAGCCGGGGACGGUCAAGCAGGUACCAUGGCGGACGGCGGCUCGGAGCGGGCCGAUGGGCGCAUCGUGAAGAUGGAGGUGGACUACAGCGCCACGGUGGACCAGCGCCUGCCCGAGUGCGAGAAGCUGGCCAAGGAAGGAAGACUUCAAGAAGUCAUUGAAACCCUUCUUUCCUUAGAAAAACAGACCCGCACUGCCUCCGAUAUGGUGUCCACGUCCCGCAUCUUGGUUGCAGUAGUGAAAAUGUGCUAUGAGGCCAAAGAAUGGGAUUUACUUAAUGAAAACAUUAUGCUUUUGUCAAAAAGGCGGAGUCAGUUAAAACAAGCUGUUGCAAAAAUGGUUCAGCAGUGCUGUACUUACGUUGAGGAGAUCACAGACCUCCCAGUCAAACUUCGAUUAAUUGAUACUUUACGGAUGGUUACAGAAGGAAAGAUUUAUGUUGAAAUUGAGCGCGCUCGACUGACUAAAACAUUAGCAACCAUAAAAGAGCAGAAUGGUGAUGUGAAAGAGGCAGCCUCCAUUCUACAAGAGUUGCAGGUAGAGACAUACGGAUCAAUGGAGAAAAAGGAGCGAGUGGAGUUUAUUUUGGAGCAGAUGAGGCUUUGCCUAGCUGUGAAGGAUUACAUCCGCACACAAAUCAUCAGCAAGAAAAUUAACACCAAAUUCUUCCAGGAAGAAAAUACAGAGAAAUUAAAAUUGAAGUACUAUAAUUUAAUGAUUCAGCUGGAUCAGCAUGAGGGAUCCUAUCUGUCGAUCUGUAAGCACUACAGAGCCAUCUACGAUACUCCCUGUAUACAGGCAGAAAGUGAGAAGUGGCAACAGGCUUUGAAAAGCGUGGUUCUCUAUGUUAUCCUGGCUCCUUUUGACAAUGAGCAGUCAGAUUUGGUUCAUCGGAUUAGUAGUGACAAGAAGUUAGAAGAAAUUCCCAAGUACAAGGAUCUUUUGAAGCUUUUUACCACAAUGGAGUUGAUGCGCUGGUCCACACUUGUUGAGGACUAUGGGAUGGAGUUACGGAAAGGUUCCCUUGAGAGUCCUGCAACUGAUGUUUUCAGUUCUACAGAAGAAGGUGAAAAAAGGUGGAAGGACUUGAAGAACAGAGUCGUUGAGCAUAACAUCAGAAUAAUGGCCAAGUACUACACUCGGAUAACAGUGAAGAGGAUGGCACAGCUUCUGGAUCUCUCUGUGGAUGAGUCUGAGGCUUUUCUUUCAAAUCUAGUCGUUAACAAGACCAUCUUUGCUAAAGUAGACAGGUUGGCCGGAAUUAUCAACUUCCAGAGACCCAAGGAUCCAAAUAACUUAUUAAAUGACUGGUCUCAGAAACUGAACUCAUUGAUGUCUCUGGUUAACAAGACUACACACCUUAUUGCCAAAGAGGAGAUGAUACAUAAUCUACAAUGAGGGUCUCUGCUCUUAGAAAAGACACGAAAUUGAAAGUCAUUAAAAGAAAAAAGACUGUUUUCAUGGUGUAUAUGUUUUUUCUUAUUCUCUGCUCCUUUGUCUGAAAUGUUCAAAUAGUGAGUGUUUGAGGCCCCUCUGCCUUCUCCAUCUGGUUUCAUUGUAACUCUGCAUUUGUAACUGGUGUGAAGAUAUACUGCAUUUCCAUUGUCUGAAUACAUACAGAUGCGUGUCAUAACGUACCCGAGUAUGUUUCCUUUCAUUUGAAAACUUGCAAGCAGUUUUUAUUCAACUAACAACCAUAUAACAGUAAUAAAGCAGAAUGUGUGUGUUCAC